UGCUUCGAGCGCCGCCUGAUGGGAGCUCGUGCCGUCUGGAAGGGGCUGGACCGCUCCCUGCCGCUCAAGCCCAGCCCACUGGUGUCCACGCUCAGCGAGAAAGACCUGCUGGUGUCGCCCGUGUCCACAACCAGCCGCAUCGAGAGCAAACGACGCGAGGCCCUGUGGGACCUCUUCCAGAGCGAGUGCGCCUUUCUCUACGACCACCUCAUGGUUCUCAAAAACGUGUUCAUGGAACCACUUAAGAAGAUACAAGUUGAGGGAUUUGCUAUGUUUGCUGAACCUGAGCUCCUGUUUGGGAAUUUAGACGAGCUAUGUUGCGUAACGUACGCAUUCUGUAAGGAGUUCAUAAGCUUGAUGUUGGAAAACGUUGGACCUAAUGGUGACCUGCCUGUUACCGACGUCUUGGUCAAGUUAUUUCAAAAGAGUUCGCAGGCUGAUUCAGUCUCACAAGCAUACCACUGUUAUGCACUGAACUACAUCAAUGCUCUAAAUUAUCUAGAGACCCUAAGAAGGCACGUGGAAUUCUGCGAAUUCGAAAAGUGGUGCAACAGGGAUCCGAGAUGCAAGAAGCUGCAGCUAACAGAUUUGCUAGUGGCUCCAGUACAGCACAUAAUGAAAGUUCCACUUAUCCUAAAGGAAGUAGAAACGAGGACUGAAGAACCAGCAGAGAGAGAAUUGAUAGCUCAAAUUCUAGAAGUUGAGGAAAACUCCAUCAGGGAGCUAGAUGACAAGAUGAAAUGGUUGAAAAAUUUUGAAAGACUUUUGGAAAUACAGAGAAACAUAGUGUGGCCAUCAGUUUUUGAGCUGGACUCUAAAGUCUAUGUUCCAGAAUUUCUGAAACCUGCACUUAUGAAGCAACCAUGUGACAGAAUUAUUGUUAGCCCUAGAAGGCAAAUCAUUAUCGAAGGUCCAUUGCAAGUUUGGGAUACAGGAAAGCCACAGGAGAUGUACGUCGUCUUAUUUGAUGACAUGCUUUUGAUUACACGGAAGAAGAAAGGAUUAUCAAAAAAGAAAUCAUCCAUUUCUGAGAACUGGGCAAGUUCAUGCAGCCGUGGGUCACCUUCCAAUGAACCUGCAGUGCGCUACAUUGUGUACAAACAACCACUCUCACUAGAUCGCUUCUUCAUUCAUGACGUGACAACCCUGGAAAGCGCCAGUUGUCGCUUGGAAAAUGCAUUUGUUUUAGUGAGCUUGAACAGAUUUCAACAAGUUGUUACCAUUCACACAUUUCAAGCCCCAUCUGAUCAAGUAAAGCAAACAUGGCUGCUGAAGCUUAGAGACACCCAGGACAAGUGGAAACGGACACUUCAACAUACAGUCUUUCGUUCACCCCGUCUGUCCACCUGCAGUGCAAAGUCUUCCACCUGACUACCUUCUGAUAUUGGGUUGUCUUCAAGCAUGAUAUGAAACAUAAUGAAACGUUAUUUUUUGUAUAAUUCUUCUAGAUAAGUGUACUGAAUGUGAAAUAACUAUGUUAUGAAGAUAUCUAUUAUUUACAACAUAAUGAAGUACCAGGCAUGAAAAGAAAGUUGUUUUUACAGAAAGAAUAUAUUUUAUCUAAAGUUUAGGCGUAUAAUAUAUUUAAUUAAAAAUUAAUCACAUUGUAAGUGGGAAUAUAAGUUAACCAGAUGUGGAGUAAUUUUCAUAUACAUUUCUUACUUUUUUAACUUUUAAAUUCAUAUAUUAUGUUCCCACUGACAUAUUUUUAAUGAAAAUUUUGAUAUUUGAUAUUUGACUGGUGCUGUGGCACAACUAAAUACAAUCAUUAUGAGUAAUAGAACUUGCAAGAUUGUUAUUUUUGUUGUGGGAAAAAUAUUUUACUAAAAGUAAUUGCACACAGUAUUUAAUUGUAAAUGAACCAUGUUCUCAGAAAAUAUGACUUAUAUUUGGAUGAAAUUACUGAUACAACAGUAACAACCAAUUGAAAUGUAUCUUAAAUUUUGUUUUUCUUCAGUUGAACUAUGCUGUUUUCCUCCAAAGAAUGGAACAUGCUUCAUAGCAUACUUUACAAGCAACAUGUCUCAGUUUGUAAGAAAUGACUGAUGAUCAACUUCAUACUUUUUUUUUACCUUUUACGCGAUCUCAUGUAGUUUAUGGUGUUUGUGGUCAUGAUCAUGAGAAGAAACACUUGUGAUCUGUAAUAAAAGCAGUGUGUGAUGAAGUAUACGGAAUGUGCUGGCUUUGUUGUCUAAGAGUAGUAAUAUGUGUGAUAUACAUUGUUCUCCAGAACUAUUAUGACACUUUGCAUAUCAAUGAAUUCCAACUAGCUUCCCUUUGAUUCUUUAAAAGUUAUAAGAAUGUGAGGAAAAAUGGUGACUAAAAGCUGUCCAAACAAAUGAAUGUGAAUGUAGUAAUAAUAAUCCAAGGGCUAUACUAAUAUCUCCAAAGGAAAUAUUCAGUAUGUGAAGAAAUUAUUUGUCUUCCAUAUUCUUCUUGGUUCACAGAAAUUAAAUAUUCUAUUGUUGUUACUUGAUGCAGUUACUGUAAAUGAAUUCACUUUAUUUGUAUAUACUGGAUUCAAUGCCAAACAAAACAGAAUUACUUGACUGACUAACUGCAAACUAUGUUCAACAAUAUAGUAUUAUAUUUUGAUCCAUGUAGGUGUCUGCAUUAUGACUCAUUCAUGUGUUUGGAAUCUCAGUAAUUAUUCUUAAAUUGUUGCAUGUUAGUAAUAUUCUUUUGUCAGAAAUUAGUAGUGCAUAGUGUUUAUAUUGUUAAAUAAUCUGCGUGUAAUUGUUGUAUUUAAUUUUCUCUUGUUCAUGAACAUCUACCAACAGGACCAUGUUUCCAUCACUCCUUAGAUUCUUAACACUGAAACAGUACAAGUGAAUCUGCUCUAGUGUGAUCCAUAAAUUUGUUUCAGUGAUUGCAAGUGUAAAAUGUGAGCUAUAUCCACAAAUGUUUAAAAAUGGAUAUGUAAGUAUUGUUCUGUAAUGAUAAAUUUGUAUCUUAAUUAAUUUAUAGACACUGAGCCACUUGCUAAAGGGAUAAUACUUUUUCUCAUGUUUUCUACGUUUUAUGAUAGAAAUAUUACUUUCUGAACUAAAGGUAUUUCUCAUAAUGAGUGUGAGCGGCUGCCAUAUGAUGAAAGCUAAUGAAGAUUCGCAUCACUGUAAAUAACUACCAGCUGAGGAACUAAAGAUAUAAUAUAUCCUGGAAGCUGAGAUCUUCCAUAAUGACACUUCUAGGUAAUUAGUGUGAAUUAUUUUGGGUACUGUAUUCUGCAGUUUUGGGGAUCUCAUAAUUAUUUCGUUUUCUUAAUAUACAAUGAUCAAGGAAUUCUAUAUUUCACAGUGUAGUCAAAUCUAUUCUUGUGAAUGUAAUUUCAUUUCACAGGAGUAUUGUGAUUUCCUUCACACUAGGAUUCAGUUACUGCAUGAGAAUACUUACAUACUCUGUAGUCAAAAUUUCCACCUCAGUAUCCUAAAGACAAAAGAUAAGUUUGGUCAUUUAAAUGACUCAGUACAUUUGAUAAGUUCAGAAAAUUCCACCGUCUUCUGCAAGAUAAUCAUAAUUGAUGUAUCUCUGUUGCUGAAAUCAAAGCUGGAAGUACAUAUCGAAACAAUAUUAUUUCUGAUUUGUGUGCUAAUACUAGGCUUAGCAGCAAAAAAUCUGGAAAACUGUGUCACUCACAGGAACAUUAAUAGUCCAUAGAUAUGAGAAGUCAAUGAUAACAAUUAGCAGUCAAAACUGAUAUCCUUCAAUAAUAAAAAUUUAGCUACAAAAGAUAUGCCAUUCUCUGAGACUGAGUGUAUUGGACCUCAGAGAACUGUAACAUGUGUUUCAUGAUUCAGGUAAGUCCAUGAAAAACUAAUAUUUUAACUAAGUAAUGUGUGGGAAACGUAGGUAAUAAAUAAUCAUGUGUCUUCAUUUAUGAAGGACUGACUGAGGCAAUUUGGUUUCUAUAGUUUACCACAUUUAUAAGUGAUAAAAUCCAAAUACUCCCAGCAAUAUUUAGAUACAUGACAGAAAUCUGGCUGAUGAUGCAAAUGAGUGGAGUUUCAAAUGAACUGACAACAAACUGAAUUCCAUAUUUGCCAUGCAGAAAUAUCAUAAAGAGAUUAUGCAAGAAGAAAAAACAAAGUACCUACCAGCAUAGUAAAUUUAAAUUUAUUUGGUGUAGGCAUAUUAUAAAGAUGAUGUGGUAAUCAUUGUAAGUAGAGGAUACUUAUGGUAUGGAUUAGAAAAGGUGAGUGCUAUGUGCAUCAAACAAGUAGAGAAAAGCUGUAUAAUACUAGAAUACGCCCAUUUCAAAAUAAGAGAAAAAUUAUUUACAGAUAACAGGAAAUGAAACAAUUUUUUUGCAAAUUGUAAUUCAGUAAUCUAUCAAACGAAAACCUAUAGCCCUCAAUGAUGAACACAUACUAAUGAUUUUUUCGUAUUGACUCCAACACAAAAAAUUAAUACACUAUUUUCUUGCAUUAAGGUAGAUUCCCCUGUAUAGUCGUAACUUCUUUGAAGUGUACAAAUCUUAAUGUAUUUGGAAACACUAUCAUUACACACAAUUCUUCUGUAAUGUUUAUGUUUUCAACAAUUUGAAAAAUUCACAUUCAGUCAGCCUACAUGCUCAGUCAUACUACAUAUGUCUAUUCACACAGUUUUCAUGAUUGACUUUGUUUUAAUUGUUAUGUCCCUGCUUCCUGCUUCUCCGGUUUUCCAAGAUGGAUUAGUGAUCAGAAAUUAAUCACAUUUAUACGAUAAAGCCAGAUUACAAUGACUGAGCUGGAACAUGCAGAAUUUGAAACUGAAAAUUAAGCCCAUUGCAUUACUUCUGGUGCACAGUGUUAAGUAAUAAGUGUUUUGUCAAUUAAGUAAAGGAUAUGAAUUCGAGCCCACACUUGGGACACAGCUUUCAUCAGUCAGAUCGUUUCAUUAUGAUGCACACACUGUUACAAAGUAAAAUAUUUGUUUCAGUAUGUUGAUUUUAGCAAAUGUUUCACUAAAACCUAAAACUGAUUUGCAUAUAAACUGUAUUGGUCUUUUGGUGUUCCAUGCAAGACAAAGUAAUUUCCAAUAAUUAAGAUGGAUUUUAAAUGUGCUACAUGUUUUCUUUUCGUAAUACAUUGCUACCCUGUAACAAAAUCAGCCUUCACAGAAACACUAAGUCUGGGAUCAUACUACAUCUCUUCUUUCUUCCCUUUGAUUUUCUUCUGUUGGAGAGGUCCCUAAAAUCAAAUUUAGUUAAUUAUUUAUAAGCCAGUGUUCUAGUCUCAAAUGUUGCCAGCUUCUGCUACCAACGUGUUCUAAUUGUUUUUUCACUGAAUCAAAAUGCAAAAUAUGAAUUACAUAGCAAAGAACAAAAGUAUUAUUAAUGUUUAUCCAUUUUCCAACCCUGAGA